UGGCCAGCUGAUAGAAACCUUUCCAAAAAUGUGUCACUGACUGUGGUCGCAGAGAACAUCAUCGUCAAACCAUAAAGGGGUUGAUAAGGAGGUCGGGAUUUCUGAAGUAAACCCCGCAUCGUUCGUCCGCUUAAGCCGAUCUUCGCAGCGGAGAGCCCGGGGUCACCAUCGAUCCAUAGAUCUAUUUCGUGGCUUGAAGCGGCACUUGCCGCCUAACGAAACGACUGAUAACAUCUGAUGGAUACGGGUCUAUAAGUGCUUAGAUUCCGGCUUUUCAUUACAUCCACUUCUCGUCGCUCACCCACGCCGCUUUUAAACACGCGAUGAUUCCUGUCGCAAUCGUCGGUGGCGGUCCGGUCGGACUCGUUUCCUCAAUUCUCUUAUCUAUGAGCGGCAUAGACCAUGUCGUCUUCGAACAAUAUCCAGAUACGUCGAUCCACCCGAAGGCGUUGGGCAUUAAUCAAAGGACGGUCGAGAUUUUCCAGCACUUGGGAAUCGAGGAAGAACUGAUCAAACACCGCGCCCCGUUUGACUCGGUAUCUCAUACCGCCUGGUACACCGGCUUCGGGAAAGGCGAUGUCGAGAUAGUGAAAAGGGAGGCUUGGGGCGCCGGAGAGCGCGCCCAAGAGUACGAGCGCAACAGUCCUGCUCAAUAUAGUAUUUUACCACAGAUACGCUUAGAACCCAUCUUGAAGCGCCGAGCCUUGAGCUUAAAUCCGAAGGCCUUACGUUACAAUAUGAAAGUUCUAAACGUAAUGGAAGAAAAAGAUUCGGUGAUUCUUCUCGUCCGUACUAAAGCCGGAUUUGAGGAGGAAGUUCGUGCGCGGUACGUCCUAGGCUCCGAUGGCGGCCGCGGCUUUGCGCAAAACAUCGGGAUCGAUUGGGAAGGAAAGCAAGACAUCGUAGAGAUGAUGACUGUGCACUUCAAAGCCGAACUUGAGGCCCUCCAUCCCGAUAAAAACGUCUUUCUCUCUUGGCUUAUCAAUCCGACCAUGAGAGGUAGUCUAGGGACUGGCUAUUGCUACCAUAUCGGCCCUUAUUAUCCGAAGAGAGAAGCAAAGUCGGAGUGGGUAUUCGCUUUUCCUCGUCUACCGGAAGAUCCUAAGAUCUUUGACCGCGAGGAUACGAUCAAGCGCAUCCAAAGGAGCCUAGGGAUCCCUGGUUUAGACAUUGACCUCUUUAGCAUUAGUAGCUGGACAGUCAACGCGGUUGUUACAAAUGAAUAUAGAAGCAAGGACGGGAAGAUCUUCCUGGUUGGAGACGCGGCUCAUCGAUUCCCGCCAUGGGGAGCGCUUGGGAUGAACACGGGGAUCCAAGAUGCUUAUAAUCUCAUCUGGAAGCUCGUAUUGGCCCUCCGAUCGCCUGAUCCAAAACGUUUCGAUAGCCUUCUCGAUACCUACGAAGUGGAGCGAAAGCCUAUCGCCCGUCGCGUUGCGUCGAAUAGUCUGUCGAAUAUGCUCAAUCACGGCAACGUGAUGGAUACCGCUGUCGGAAUCUCGCCGGAUGCGAGCAUAGAGGAUAAUCUUGAAGCGGUGAGAGCAUUUUCCGAUCCAAGCCAUCCCCAGCAUAAAGCCAAGAGGGAUGCGGUUAAGAAGGCGUCCGAGGAUCUAGAUCUUGAAUUCAACGCUCCCGGCAUAGAGAUUGGCUGGUUUUACCCGAGCGCAGAUAUAAACCAGGAAGGCGAUAAGACACGCCACGAUGGUCAAGUGUUAGAAAACGGCGAGUACGACAUCACGAAUUAUCACCCUUCAACUAUACCGGGCCACAAUUUACCGCAUGCUUGGCUAAAAAAAGGGGAUAAGGAGGUGUCUACGCGGCAUCUGAUCCGACUCGACUCAUUUGUACUUUUGGCGAAUUCUUCUCAGUGGGUCCCGCUCCAAAAUAGGCUUGUCGACGUGGAAGUUAUCGAUGGCAAGGGAGGAUGGGCAGAUCGAGACGGUACAUGGAGGAGCUUAUGUAAUGUGGGAUCUACGGGAGCUGUUCUGGUCAGACCAGAUGGCAUCGUCGCAUGGCGAGCGCGAGAAUGGACCCAAGAGGUGACAGAAUCGGUUUCAUCUGUAUUAGAUGUUGUCUUAAAACUCCGCCACGAAGAUUAGUAACCGAAAUGCCAUUUAUGUAACCACGAUCAGUCAGCAGAAACACCAGCGCCGCGGGGCUGCUACUGCCCCUUUUCCUUGGUUAACUCUAACAUGUGAGCUCCAACUAAUCUUCCAUCUGCCAUCACUCUUUCCGUUUGACGGACGUACCAGAUGAGAAAAGGAUAUACAAGGUCGCAUACC